AUGACUUUCUACAGGGAUUUCUGUGACGAUGGGUGCUACUCACCUUAUGGCUUUGAAGACCUCUAUGGUUUUGGGGGCCUGAAUGGCUACCGAUUUGGCAGCCCAUAUGGCUUCUUCCAGGACCAGUAUCGAUUUGUGAACCCAUAUGGCUUCAGAAGCUUUGGGAACCUGUAUGGGAACAGAGGCUUCGGUGGCUAUUAUGGGUUUGGGGACUUCAACAGAUUUGGGUACGGCUACCCCUUCUUUUCUCGUUUCGGCAAUAGAUACAAUUAA